AUGGCGUAUAAUAAUUUUAAACAUUGUUCGUUAUUACUGUGUUUAGUAGCAGUUGCUUCCGGCCUGCGCACACCGACGAUCUCCCAUAUCACUCAAGAGCAGAUCAGAGAUAUAGGCGGAUCGGUUGACUUGGAAUGCUCAGUACACUAUGCCCAAGAUUAUCCAGUGCUAUGGAUGAAAUAUGACAGACUGAAGACCACAGAGGCUUUACCGCUGUCGUCUAACUCUGGUCUUAUUAUCAGAGAUUCAAGAUUCUCCAUGAGGUUUGAUGCUGCAUCAGCCACAUACACGCUUUCUAUAAAGGACAUUCAAGAAACUGACGCGGGCUGGUACCAGUGCCAAGUGCUCCUGUCGGUGAGCAACAGGAUCACCGCGGAAGUAGAGCUGCAAGUUCGACGUCCCCCGAUAAUUUCUGACAACUCGACGCGUUCACUCGUGGUCAGCGAGGGGGAGAGUGCACAGAUGGAGUGUUACGCUGGUGGAUUCCCACCACCGAAGAUAUCUUGGCGCCGAGAGAACAACGCUAUUCUGCCCACAGGAGGAUCUAUUUACAGGGGUAACAUCCUAAAGCUAAACUCAGUUCACAAAGAAGACCGCGGUACGUACUACUGUGUGGCAGAGAACGGAGUGGCCAAGGGGGCCCGCAGAAACAUCAAUCUUGAGGUCGAGUUCGCGCCCGUUGUCACCGUGCCACGUCCACGCUUGGGUCAGGCGCUACAAUACGAUAUGGAUCUGGAAUGUCAUGUGGAAGCAUACCCGCCACCUGCUAUAUCUUGGUUGAAAGAUGAAGUCCAGCUAUCAAAUAAUCAGCAUUACAGAAUAUCCCACUUCGCGACUGCUGACGAAUUCACCGACACUACUCUACGCGUUAUCACAAUCGAGAAGCGUCAGUAUGGCCUGUUCACUUGCAAGGCGCAGAACAAACUUGGCACUGCCGAGGGCCAGGUCGAGUUGUUUGAAACGAUAAUCCCGGUGUGUCCGCCGGCCUGCGGGCAGUCGCGCUUCUACAGCAGCAGUGCUUCCGCCGGCCCCCACCACCUCGCCUCCUUACUCAUAUGCGCACUCUUCCUCGUUACAAGAAUCGUCAAUACCGGAUAUUAA